GCAGUGCCGGGCGCCAGAGCCGGGCGCAGCAUCCCGGGCGGCGGGUGGACUUCUCCCGCGGGCUUCUCCUGCUUCAUCGUCGGCCUGCUCUCCGGGCGCCAUGGCCAAGCCGCUGACCGACAGCGAGAAGCGGAAGCAGAUCAGCGUGCGGGGCCUGGCGGGGCUGGGCGACGUGGCCGAGGUGCGCAAGAGCUUCAACCGGCACCUGCACUUCACGCUGGUCAAGGACCGCAACGUGGCCACACCCCGCGACUACUUCUUCGCGCUGGCGCACACGGUGCGCGACCACCUGGUGGGCCGCUGGAUCCGCACGCAGCAGCACUACUACGAGCGCGACCCCAAGCGCAUUUAUUACCUCUCGCUGGAGUUCUACAUGGGCCGCACGCUGCAGAACACCAUGGUCAACCUGGGCCUGCAGACUGCCUGCGACGAAGCCAUCUACCAGUUGGGGUUGGACUUGGAAGAGCUAGAGGAAAUAGAAGAGGAUGCUGGCCUUGGGAACGGAGGACUGGGGCGGCUGGCAGCCUGCUUCCUGGACUCGAUGGCCACCUUGGGCCUGGCAGCCUAUGGCUAUGGGAUCCGGUACGAAUUUGGGAUUUUCAACCAGAAAAUUGUCAACGGCUGGCAGGUGGAGGAGGCGGACGACUGGCUGCGCUAUGGCAACCCCUGGGAGAAGGCGCGGCCCGAGUACAUGCUGCCUGUGCACUUCUACGGCCGCGUGGAGCACAGCCCCGAGGGCGUCAAGUGGCUGGACACGCAGGUGGUGCUGGCCAUGCCCUACGACACGCCAGUGCCCGGCUACAAGAACAACACGGUCAACACCAUGAGGCUGUGGUCUGCCAAGGCGCCCAACGACUUCAAGUUGAAAGACUUCAAUGUGGGGGACUACAUCGAGGCAGUCCUGGACAGGAACUUGGCCGAGAACAUCUCCAGGGUCCUGUAUCCCAAUGAUAACUUCUUCGAGGGGAAGGAGCUCCGGCUGAAGCAGGAGUACUUUGUGGUAGCUGCCACCCUCCAGGACAUCAUUCGCCGCUUCAAGUCGUCCAAAUUUGGCUGCCGGGACCCAGUGAGGACCUCUUUUGAGACAUUCCCAGACAAGGUGGCCAUCCAGCUGAACGACACCCACCCAGCGCUGUCCAUUCCUGAGCUCAUGCGGAUCCUGGUGGAUGUGGAGAAGGUGGAUUGGGACAAGGCCUGGGAAAUCACCAAGAAGACCUGCGCGUACACCAACCACACCGUGCUGCCUGAGGCCCUGGAGCGCUGGCCUGUGUCCAUGUUUGAGAAGCUGCUGCCCCGGCACCUGGACAUCAUCUACGCCAUCAACCAGAGGCACCUGGACCAUGUGGCUGCCCUGUUCCCCGGGGACGUGGACCGCUUGCGGAGGAUGUCCGUGAUCGAGGAGGGGGACUGCAAACGCAUCAACAUGGCCCACCUCUGCGUGAUCGGCUCGCACGCCGUCAACGGCGUGGCCAGGAUCCACUCGGACAUCGUGAAGCACACAGUCUUUAAGGACUUCUACGAGCUGGAGCCAGAGAAGUUCCAGAACAAGACGAACGGCAUCACGCCCCGGCGGUGGCUGUUGCUAUGCAACCCUGGGCUGGCAGAGGUCAUUGUGGAGCGAAUCGGAGAGGCCUUCCUGACGGACCUGAGCCAGCUGAAGAAGCUGCUGCCCUUGGUCAGUGAUGAGGCCUUCAUCAGGGACGUGGCCAAGGUCAAGCAGGAGAACAAGCUCAAGUUCUCCGCGCUGCUGGAGAAGGAGUACAAGGUGAAGAUCAACCCCUCCUCCAUGUUUGACGUGCACGUCAAGAGGAUCCAUGAGUACAAGAGGCAGCUGCUCAACUGCCUGCACAUCAUCACGCUCUACAACCGAAUAAAGAAAGACCCCGCCAGAGCCAUUGUGCCCAGAACUGUAAUGAUCGGGGGCAAGGCAGCUCCUGGUUACCACAUGGCCAAGAUGAUCAUCAAGUUAGUCACGUCCAUUGGGGAUGUCGUCAAUCACGACCCAAUUGUGGGCGACCGGCUCAAGGUCAUCUUCCUGGAAAACUACCGGGUAUCCUUGGCCGAGAAAGUGAUCCCGGCUGCAGACCUAUCUCAGCAGAUCUCCACUGCGGGCACCGAGGCCUCGGGCACGGGCAACAUGAAGUUUAUGCUCAAUGGGGCACUCACCAUCGGCACCAUGGAUGGUGCCAACGUGGAGAUGGCCGAGGAAGCCGGCAUAGAGAAUCUCUUCAUCUUUGGCCUGCGGGUGGAGGACGUGGAGGCCCUGGACCAGAAGGGCUACGUGGCCAGAGAGUACUACGAGCGCCUUCCUGAGCUGAGGCAGGCCAUCGACCAGAUCCGCAGCGGCUUCUUCUCCCCCAAGGAUCCAGACUGCUUCAAGGACGUGGUGGACAUGUUGAUGUACCAUGACAGGUUCAAAGUGUUUGCAGACUACGAAGCAUACCUGCAGUGCCAGGCCCAGGUGGACCAGCUGUACCAGAACCCCAAGGAGUGGACCAGGAAGGUCAUCAGGAACAUUGCGUGCUCGGGCAAGUUCUCCAGUGACCGGACCAUCACCGAGUACGCGCGGGAGAUCUGGGGUGUGGAGCCGUCUGACCUGCAGAUCCCGCCACCCGACAUCCCCCGGGACUAGUGCCCCACGCGGCUGGACCAGCUCCUCUGGUGGGGUUCCCGGCCCUUGGCCAGCAGCUGCCGGUCCCUUCUACACAGUACCGUGUUUCUGGGAGGGGCCACGGGCUUGGGAGGAUGAUUUUGAAGAGCAAGGCGAGGAGAGGAGCCGGGGGCAUUUGCCCUGUAUCCUGCCAAGCAGAGUUCACAGCACAGACAGGCGCACAUGUGGCCCCCACGGCUUCAGACCCUGGCCCCGUGGAAGGUCCUGGCAGGGCAGGUGCCUCCUGGGCACCGCUCCUUCCCCUCAACCUCGCACACCUUCUGCUAGAAGCCUGGGUCUGGGCAGGUGGCUGCGCCGACACCUGAGCUGCCAGCCACACAGGCCAGGCCGCCUAGCCUUUGUAGCCAUCCAUCCAUCCUUAGCAGGCACCUAGAACAUAGGCUGGCCGGGAGGUGCGGUGCUGGGCAGGGUUCCAGUACCCAGCAUCUUAGUGGCCAUGUUUAGGUCAAGGCUGAGUGCUGCAGGAUGAACCUGGGUAGCUGCUUGCAAAACGAAAUGGAAGUAGUUCCAAGCCGCAGACACUGCCUGACUGGUUUCUGGCCUGGCAGGAGGGGGCAGACCACUGCUGCCCCCAACGCUCCCCUCCACCGCCUGUUCCGGUGUUCUUCCUGUCAGCGUCCCUUCUGUGGGCCCCAGUGACCAGCGGGGACAAGUUCUCUAGGAUGGUGGUGGGCCUGUCGCCAUGUCCUGAGGCUGACACUGCCCCUGUGUUGUCCAAGGGACAGGGCCAGGAGCAGGCUAGGCGGGCUCACAAAACCUGGGUGAGGCAUCUGGCAGAGGCUCCCGCCACCUCGCACGCUGGCCUGGGGGCCCCAGGGCCUUCCAGCUGUGCCAGCCACCAGGGCCACUGGGUUCUUGCAGAGGGCACAUGCUGGGCACACGCACGCGUCCCUGCAUCCGCUGCCAUGUAAUGGCUCCAUGUGUGGGGUCACACUCCUGAUGCUGACUGUGGCUGCCCCCCUUCUCUGCCCUCACCGCUCUUCCCCUGUGAGAAACACAAUAAACGUUCUCCCCGUGGUUU